AUGGUAAAGAGUGCCGGAAACUGCUACCCGUAUUUGCUCGUGGAUGAGGGGCUGAAGAAGAACCACUCGUCCGACAGAUUACGGAAGUAUCUGUGUGGAAAGAUCGCGAAACGAGCGGAAAUGGAACUUAGUUACAUCCGGCAGCUCCAGGACUGGCUAGAUGACCUCCGUCCACUCAUUGACGGCACAUCAAACUGUUACCUCGACACGGAGGUGACACGGCGGCUCAUGGGAGCGUUCAGGCUCGAGGCGCAGUCAGCCCUGGACGCCAGGCAGCACGUCUACAACCAGAUCAUGGCCGAGCAGGGACCUUACGCCGCACUACAAAGGUUGGAUGCGGACGAGGCGGCCCACGCACUGACCAAGAUUGACGAGGAAUUCUCGGAGAUGUUCAAGAAGCGGAAAGAGAUGGAGCGAGAGUAUAAUCGACACAAAGACAUGGUCGAACACACGAACAAUAAGAUUGAAACGAUCGAGGCAAAGGUAAGCAAUCGGAGUCACGUGAUCACCACGCGGCGGCCGUCAACGCGUGCGGGUACCCGUAAGGUUGAUGAGCUGAUAGAGCAGCUGUCUGCGCUCCGAAAGCAGAAUGAGACGGAGAGCGAGCGGGCGGGACUGUCCCGGGAUCAACUUGUGGAUAAGGACAAGGAAUACUGCCAGACGUUGAUGGAGAUGGACAGCCAGCUGCAGGAGCUGGAGGCGGACCGGAUACGCGCUGUCGUCAACUGCGUCAACGUCUUCCUAAAGCACGCCACAGAGGCGCUUCACAGGGGAAUGGUGACGAAGGGAGACAGCCGACUUCCCAAUCUGGAUUCCGUAUUGGGUCUGUUGGACGUGCACUGGUGUGACGUAAGAACCAAUGCUAGACGCGCCGAACGAGGAGAGGACGUCAAAUACACAGAGAUGUUUUCGGUUGACCCGCUUCGUCGGAAGCAAGCUAGCCAGCACAGCAACCUGAGAAAAGCGGACUCGAGGCCGGAGUCCGUACAGAAAGGAGCCAUAUCCAAGGGGCUUGGAAGUGAGGGAAACAGAGAAAUAGAUAGACGGACAUUCUGCCGCCCUGCGAUUAACCUUACAAGUGACGAGCUGGAAAGCACACACAGCAUCCUGAGCCAUCUCAGCUCCCGGUUAUCGUCUUCAGGCUCGUCCGUGGAAACAGAAGUGGCGACCGCUCAAUCCGCCAGCCGCGGUGCGUUUGGGUCUAGCAGGCAAAUUGUGGCUAUGGCAACAAAGUCGAAAGAUUCGAUUGAGAGUCUGGAUCUGCCCCCAGAAACCCGCUGUGUGGCAAACAUCACCAAGAUCGACCCUUACCGGCAGUACAGGACACGUAUGAAGCUAGCUGGGAGCCAGGAACCAGAGCCCGUGCCCACAGCGCAAAUCACCGAGUACAGCCAGAUGAGACGUUUUGACGCUGACGUCGAAAAUAGUGAGAGCGGUUGUGACGUCACCAGCGACAGUGCGAUGGCCAACGUGUUUGAUGUUAAGGUCGUAGCCAUACAGGACAAUUACCCUGCCCCAGGAUCAAACGAGUUGCCAUUCAAAGCAGGUCAGACUUUUAGGCAGAAGCGUGGUGUUGACGAGACAGGAAUGUGCUACGGUUGGACACGGGAAAACAGAAUGAGCCGCAAAAUAUACGGGUAUUAUCGACCCAGUCUAGUCAAAGCAAUGAAAUGAAAAUGAAUCAAACUUAAAACAUACAAUUCAUUUCUAUUUAAGGAUUAUACACAGCAGUAUAUGAGUAGUUGUUUCAUCCUAUUUCUAAUAAAAGAUUAUACACAGCAGUACAUGGGUGGUUGUUUCUCCCUCUGUUAAACAUAGUCUUGUAAUACGACUGUUUGGUUUUUAAUUAUUGUGUCAUUUAGCAGCAUGCUUUUGGUAACUAUAGUUUAUACUACGAGGCAUUUCAAUUUAAUUCCCAUUGAAAUUCUUAAUCUUUUAUUACAAACAAGAGCGCCAUGGAGCGAAGACAAAUGCUUGGCUAUUGUUUUUUGUCAAAAAAGGACCACAACUGAAACAAAAAAAUUUAAUAAG